CAGCGCGUCUGCUAGUCUACACUUCAUAGUUCAUACAGUCUUUCUUGAUUCUUUAAAAGGGAUGGAGUAAAAAAAAGCAUUAUAUAAAAGGGACAAUUGUCACUAAUGGUUUUGCCGUCUUGAGUUCGAAAUGGAUGCGGCAUGAAGAGGCUGCCAUGCAUGCCAUUUUUCCAUUUUCCUGGCAUUUCCCUUUGAAUUCCACCCCCACCCAAUCUUUCAUUUCCCGAGUUUCCGGUUCCGCCACGGCUUUGACAAGAAAACCUCUGUAUUUAUAGAUUCGGUGGUUCUCGUGCCGUCUCUCGUGUUAUCAGGCUUUUUUAAAAAUUCAAAUUGAACGAAUACCAAUACGUGAGUGUGAAAGGAGGCGUAUCUCUAGUGAAAAAACGUUGAAUUGUUUCUGUCUUCGGACUGGCACGAAAAUGUCAGAACGCUGGUGAAUCACUCUUUCUGUUCUCUCGUCUUUUAUCCAUCCAAGUUCGUUGAUCUCGUGAAACAGGAUGACGGAGGAGCCAAUCGGCCGGUGUCCCUCGCCAUCCGGCGACAGCAACCUCUCCGGGGGUGGAGAAAUCCACACAUCCGCAAUCGUGGCUUCCUUAGAGGAGCGUCUAAUGGACAUCACUGCUCGACAUUCUCUCAACGCUCUUCGAACUCCACCGACAAAGAAGGCCAAACGAGUCCGCUUUUUCCGCAAUGGGGACAAGUUUUACACAGGCGUAGUAAUGGCCGUGACUCCAGAAAGAUAUAGAAGUUUUGAUAGUCUGGCUUCCGAUUUGACAAGAGCCCUCGUCUCCAGCGUCACGUUGCCCAGUGGAGUUCGAGCAAUUUACACCAUGGAUGGCAGAAAAGUCCAAACUGUGGGUGAUUUGGAAGAUGGAAAGUGUUACGUCGUUUCUGGUCAGGGAGAGAUGUUUAAGAAAGUGGAGUACUCUUCAUCCAAAGUGAGAAGAGGAAGUUCCCUAUCGGGUUUACCCCAGUCUCCGGCUGGUACCGGCAGACAAAUCAGUGCAAUACCUGGUUGUGUUAAGGCGAAAAUCAUAACUUUGAUCCGCAAUGGCACAAAGCCAAGAAGGGUUGUGAGGUUGUUACUGAACAAGAGGAAUGCACCAAGCCUCGAGCAUGUCCUGGAGGCAAUCACGGAAGCUGUGAAGCUGGAUUCAGGUGCUGUGAGAAAAGUCUACUCGCUUUCGGGACAACAAAUUAAUUCUCUGGAUCAGUUUUUUGAGAACGAGGAGAUAUUCGUGGCCUGUGGGACUGAAAAGCCCACUCAAGAGGACUUUGAGCUUGUCUUUGAGGAGUCUAAAUGCGUUCAGAGUUUCCGACGAGGCGUUUGCCCCGUUAAGAGACAAGGUGGGCCAAUGCCAAAAAUGCCUCGCAAGUCAGGAAAGAAGUCAUUGACUGCUCCUCAGGUCAGGACUCCAAGUCCUGCGUCGCUUAUUUUACCGCAGCCGCUUAGGUUGCAUUAUACUGUUGGACACGUUAUCGGAGACGGUAAUUUUGCAGUUGUUCGGCAUUGCGUGCACAAAUCAACUGGAGCCGAAUACGCGAUCAAAAUAGUGGAUAAAUACAAAUGCCAGGGGAAAGAAACAAUGUUAGCGAGCGAAGUGGCAAUUCUAAGACAAGUUUGCCACCCAAAUAUCAUAAGUUUAAUCUCCGAACAAGAGACAACAGACCAGCUAUUUUUAGUUAUGGAACUAGUGAAGGGAGGAGACUUGUUUGACGCAAUAGCAGCAGCAACCAAAUUUUCAGAAUCCGAAGCGAGCGUUAUGAUUGGACAUUUGACGUCUGCUCUGGCUUAUCUGCACUCUCAUCAUAUAGUCCAUCGAGACGUCAAGCCCGAAAAUCUCUUGGUUGAAAUGGAAGGAAGUCAAGUCCGAUGUCUGAAAUUAGCUGACUUUGGACUUGCCCAAGUCGUCGUGGAACCUUUAUUCACAGUUUGUGGAACUCCGACCUAUGUCGCGCCCGAAAUUCUCGCAGAAAUGGGAUAUGGCCUAAAGAUCGACGUGUGGGCUGCCGGAGUCAUACUCUACAUCCUACUCUGUGGGUUUCCUCCUUUCGUAUCGCCUGACAACGAGCAAGAAGAAUUAUUUGAAAGAAUUCUCAGCGGACAAUACGAAUUUACAUCGCCAUACUGGGACAAUAUUUCCGAUUCGGCGAAAAUGCUCAUCUCUAACAUGCUUCAAGCACAACCAGAACUUAGAUUCAGCGCGGAGGAUGUUCUUGAUCACCCCUGGCUUACGCAGAGCUUUCUAGGAGGCGAGCAGACGUCAGCAGCAGAUCUCGAAUCACCGGAGCAACACGGGUAUCAGCAGCGUCAGCCGAUAAGAGUCGCCACGUUUGAAUUCGAUUACAAGAAGCAAAGGCGCAACGAGAUUCAGCGUCAGGCCAAGGACGAGUCGGACAAUGUCAAGCGAGGCAGAUGGACGAAAGUCGAGCCCAUUUCGCACACAAGAUCGGAAAUAGGUCUGGAAAUUGAACAAGACAACAUUGCUCGUGGACGGGAUGAAGUUGAUUUUAUUAAUGCAAAUUACAACGAGCGAGAAUCCUUUUCUUUAAGUAACGACUGCUUAAAAGAUCUCGACACAGCCACCAGGUCUUUGAACGAUUUGACGUUAGAUCUCGAAAAAACCAUCACAGAAGAAAAGGAGGACAUUUCCUACCGAAAAGGGCAUGCGAAGCCAUCACACAGCGUCGCUUCGUCUUUGAAUAGCAUUCCCGAGAAUCUGAAUUCUCCAGAAGAAGCUCCUUUCGCGAAGACAAUAACCCCCGAGAAGAAUUCUCCAUCGAGUAAAAGAAACGGGAUUGUUUCCUCCAAUCUAGAUUCCAAUUUCACGUCACCUAAAACGCCCUUGUUCGAUGCAAUAUACAAUUACGAGACGCCUAAAUCUCUAAAAUCAACAACCAACAGAGCGAGACUCGCCAGGAAGAACCUCUACAAACUUUCCAAAGCGAAUGGAGACGUCAAGAGCGAUGGUGAUAUUGGAAAAAUUUCCCGGGAUGCGUGUUUUUCCUCGAUGGAUUAUUUAAGUGGGACUUCAGACAACGAAAUCGAGACCUCCGAUAGUUUUGUAAAUGUCCAGUUAGCGACGAUCAAGAAAGGAAGAAAGUCAGUGUCAUCGCAGAGCUUGGAAUCUUCCGAGAGUUUCGAGAACGUGAAGUUCUCCAAGGUGAAAGACGUGAUCGUCGUGCCGACCAAAGCCGCCAAUCAUCGAAGCGAGUCUCAAGAUAACAAAAACCCCAUUCCCAGUUUUCGCCAAACGAGAUCUAAAGUCGCCGGGACUUCCAAAUCGUGCAAACCUUCUCAAAUUCCCGUCCAGCGCGAUGACAAAGUUUCAUCAGCUCGCAAUAAAACCCAGGAAAAUUCGAAGAACGCCCAAAACGAGGCGGUCAAAAGAAGAACGAAAGCGAACAACCAGUCCGAAACGAAGACCGAUGCUUGGUCUAAAAGGCACAGUUAUGUGCCUCAGUGUUCAACGAAAAAAACGUCGGAUUCAAACGAAUUGAGCCGGCCAAAAUCGACGACCGUGAACAAUACAAGGAAGUUCAGUUCGUCGGAUGAGUUGCGAGAGGAAAAGCGAACGAUAAACGCAAAAACGAAGCGGUUUAGUCUUUAUUAUACACCUCAGCCCUCGAGGAAGGCCUACGAAGACCCCAAAGUCGAGAAAAGUAAAAAUGCCGAGACGAGUAACAAUAAAAGUGCUGUUACAAAAUGUCUCGUUUCAGGCAAGAAGAAGGAAGAGACUUCGACGACAGCUUGCGAGAGGAAAGAUAGUCUCAGGAGUCGAAAAUCCGCGGCGGAUAGUUCGACUGUAGCUAGUAGAAGUAAGACGAACCGACAAAGUGUUUACAAUCGUUCAAACGCGAUUACCAAUUCUGCAAGAACUAAGUGAUUUCGAAAAUUGAGUGAUUUCGAAAAAUUGUACUUGCAAAAAGAGACUUGAGCUUUGUGACUUAGAUUAGAUGAGCGUUAUGAUUCCCCAAUAAAUCAAUAUCUCCAACAGCACGCACUAUUGCUUGAGAACAUUGGCAAAAUUGCCGUGCAUUAUUGCAGCAAUGUUGCUGCAAUAUAUCAAUCUUCUCUCUCAAUCAGUUUUGCAACAAUGUUGUGCGACAUUGCAGCAAUAUUGAUUGGAAGAGAACAUUUAUAUAUUGCAGCAAAUUUUCUGCAAUAUUGCUCGGCAAUGUUGCCAAUGUUGUAAGGUAAGAUUGCAAUAAUGUUCUGCCAAAAUCUUGCAUCAAUUCUGUAACAACAUAGAUACAAGAUUUCCGCUCAGCAUUGUUGUAACAUUUCAGAAACAUGGCUGCAAUAUUAAGUGCUAUUGGGAGACUGUUUUUCUUUUUUAAUACCCGAAUGCCACUAAAAUUUGGGUUUUGGGUUUUGGAAAAGAAAAUUUGAUUUCUUCGGCACUCAGCGUUUUAACGAAGAUUACUUAACUUAUUGUAACUUAGGCCUUCGACAAUUAAUUGCUUGGAGUGAGAGACGGUUGCCGAGUACCGAAUCAUCAGUCCGAAUGCAAGCUUGGCCUUAAAUUGUCGCACAAAGACGCACUUUCUAAUUGAGAGUGAAACGAGACAUGCCAAAUGCAUUUAAUAUUGAUUUUUUUUGUACGCCUGCGAGGGACGAACUAAGCUGAUUGUAAGAUGAUAAGAUAUCAUAUAAUAAUCGUCGAUUAGGGAUUUAGGCGCGUAGCGCAAAACUAGGAGAGGAUACUGGACACUGGAUUAUUGUAUCGAGUCGCGGAGGGAAAUGGAGGAAAAAUUUAUAAUCGGGAGCAUUAGUACAGAGAAAAGAAAUAGUAUUACUGAAAGAGAUUGUCGCACGCUUGCUCAAAGAAAUUUCAAAGAUAGAAUACAUAUUUUUAUACAAGGUUAUAGGAGCAAUAACGAAAGAAAGAGGGAGACAUAAUCAAACUGAAAAAGCCUUAAGAAGUGCAUACUAAAUAUUCGAGAGAAAGAGAGAGAGAGAGAGAGAAAGAAAUAAAGUCGGCUGGACGAUGUAGUAUAUUUUGUAAAUUUAUUUUUGUAGAGGUAUUUUCUCGGGUAUUAAUAUAAAUCUCCUUUGCCCUCCGUUGCUCUUAUUCCGUCUCGAGGUAGUUUGUUGCGCGCCGUUCUCGUAUUUUUACAGAGAAGGUAUUGAUUCUAAUAUAUGUUGUAAAUAAAUAUACGUAACGAGGCAGGUCUUAGAAAUCUUUUUAAUCAAAUGUUAGACACCUUUUUGUUAUGAAUCAAAUUGUAAAUUAACACGUUCGAAUUGUAUAAAUUAACACUGUUCAUUUUUGGGGAUUUGUUUUCCCGAUGGUUUAUAGUAUUUUUGUUACCGGCGAAUGCAUGGAAAAUGAGAAAUGACCUGGACUUGGUGCUUUGUACCAGUGGAAAAUUAUCGCAUAAGAAAAUAUGAACUUCGCGAUGGUUUUUCAAACAGUAUUGAAAAUCAGGUAGACUAUCGAUUUUUGUCGAGAAGUACCGAUUUUUUUGCAAGUACAUGAUACAUGGCAUUAUGUAGGUUGUAAGUUUUAAAAAGUGAUUGACGCCAAAUAUUUAGCUAUAUUAAGAUUCAUUAUGAUCUAUUUAUAUUACAUCAUUGUGCACCAAUAUUAUAUUUAUAUGAAAUUUCUGGAAUUCAAGACUCCUUCGACUUUGUUCCUUAUUUGGGACUUUUAAUUCUCUGCGUCUUUCAUUUUCUUUAGAAAUUGAUUAGCAUCUGACGGAUUGCAAUUAGACCUGCGCGAGAAACGCGUACUUAUUCGAGUUCAUAGUUCUGCAGUGUUUUCAAAUGUAGAACAAAAAUUCGAGAGCGAAUUGUAUUCUGUAAGGUAUCAAAAUCAGUAAUUAAAAGUUAAAGUAAUAUUGAAA